AUUCCACUCCUUUAUCCUACCUCCUUCCCCCCGGAGGGCUUUUCCCUCCUUCCCCACCCACCGGCCCGUCCCCACCCUCGCGGGCCGGCAGGCAGAGGGUUACGCUGCACCUGUCUGGGUGUACCUGUCCCAGGGCACCUGUCCCGGCAGCCAAUCCCGGCCCCGACCCACCUGUCAGCCAAAUACCUGCACGGGAAACCUCCGCAUAAAUCAAACACUUCGCAGGCAAUGUCUGUCUUCGGCAGGUCCUAGAAGAGAGCGGUCACCGGGAUUAGCUGGCUGCGAGCAUUUGGGAGACCCAGGGGAAAUAUGUCCAAUGAACUUGAUUUUAGGUCUGUGCGCCUGAUGAAGAAUGACACCAUGAACUUCCAGAAAUUUCCCUACACCAAUGAAGAUGAAGCCUGGAAAACCUACCUGGAGAACCCCUUGACUGCAGCCACCAAGGCCAUGAUGAGGGUGAACGGGGACGACGACAGCGUGGCCGCCCUGAGCCUCCUCUAUGACUACUACAUGGUCCCAAAGGAGAAGAGGAUUCUUCCAGCUGGAAUGAUGGGACGCAACGAACUAGGAAAGAGGCACUGCCACGGGAUGGACUACGACCCGGAGAUCGCCUCCUUCGACGGCUCAGCCCAUCUCAUGAAGCUCCUGUCCGAGAACGUUUCCAUGACCCAGGAGUACUGUGAGCCACAGAAGAAGAACGGCUUGAGUCUCGAAGGCAUCCCUCCUCCUCCUCCCCCUCACAAGCCAGCCCUGCUCCCUCCAGGCACCAGCAAGCUGGAGGCCACCCCAGACAACUACCUGGUCCCUGCGGGGGACGUGUACGACAACAGCUCGUUGAACUCCCUCUUCGAGAGCCUCCCCAUGGCCCCGGCGCAGCAGCGGUGGCAGCCAGACAGCACCUUCAAAGAGGACCCCCAGGAGUCUCUGCUCUUCAGUGACAUCCUCAAGCCGCAGCCGGAGCCGCCCUGCCCCGAGAGUUACGGCACGGACGGUGUGAAGAGUGACUUUGAAUACACGCUGGGGUCACCCAAAGCCAUUCACAUCAAGUCUGGGGACUCUCCCAUGGCCUACCUCAACAAAGGACAGUUCUACCCCAUCACUCUGCGGACAGCAGGAGACAGCAAAUGUUUACACUUGUCCUCAAAUAAAGUGAAGAGCGUGGUGAUGAUCGUUUUUGACAACGAGAAGAUCCCCACGGAGCAGCUCAAGUUCUGGAAGCACUGGCACUCCCGCCAGCCCACGGCCAAGCAGAGGGUCAUCGACGUGGCUGACUGCAAGGAGAACUUCAACACGGUGCAGAACAUCGAGGAGUUGGCCUACAACGCCCUGUCCUUCGUGUGGAACAUCCACGAGGAGGCAAAGGUGUUUAUUGGGGUGAACUGCCUGAGCACAGACUUCUCCUCCCAGAAGGGGGUGAAGGGUGUCCCCCUGAACCUGCAGAUCGACACGUACGACUGCGGCGGCGGCGGCAGCCAGCUCGUGCACCGCGCCGUCUGCCAGAUCAAGAUCUUCUGUGACAAGGGAGCAGAGAGGAAAAUGCGGGAUGAUGAAAGGAAACAGUUCAGAAGGAAAGGAAAAUGCUUGGACUCCAACAACAAUGGUCUGAAAGGCUGUUUGCUCUCUGGCUUCAGAGGGAACGAGAUCACGUUCCUGCGGCCGGAGACCGACCUGGAAACGCAGCCGGUCCUGUUCAUCCCCAACGUCCACUUCUCCAGCCUGCAGAGGUGUGGCACGGUGCUCCCUCCUGCUGCUCCCAACGCUGCAAACAGGCUGCCCCUAAAGCGGAGCGGCGCCUCCUUCACGGACGAGUUCGACCCGAUUCCUCUGAAGCAAACCAAGGAAGAGGAUCCCCAGAGAGUCCUGCUGUACGUGCGCAGGGAGUCGGAGGAAGUGUUUGAUGCUCUCAUGCUGAAGACACCGGAUCUCCAGGGCCUCAGGACAGCUAUUUCAGAAAAAUAUGGGCUUCCUGAAGAAAGCAUUUAUAAAGUCUACAAAAAAUGCAAAAGAGGGAUCCUGGUGAACAUGGACAACAACAUCAUCCAGCACUACAGCAACCACAUGGCCUUUCUCCUGGACGUGGUGGAAACAGAGAACAAGUUCCAGGUCAUCCUCAAGGAGCUCUAAAGAGCCUCAGGCAGCACUUAACUGGGACUUCUCUCCAAGCCCACGGAGCUCAGCCUCGUGCCCCUUCUUGUUGCCUUGACUUGAACCCCCCGUGGCCGGGGCGGCCUCGGGGCCGGGCCACGGAACUGCCUCGAGAUCAGGAUGGAUGUGAACGUGGAACUUUGCUCUGCUGGGCUUAUUAUUAUUAUUAUUUUUUAUUUUAUUUUAUUUUAUUCUCUUCUGGCGCUGAGGGCCUGACCUGCUGUUGCAGAGCUGGGGACACCAAGUGACAUUAACAGGCAGAGAGACCAGAGUUGGUGGCCUUGGCUGUGACUGAUCCUACCCCAGGUCUUGGGCUUCUCCCAGACCACAGAACCUUCUGACUGUUUCCAGCUCUGAGCUUCUCUCUGUCACAGAGACUCUCACAGAUGCAUUUUCAGCUCCCUGUUGAACGGACACUGCCUGCUCCAACCCCCCACCCUGCCACAUCUCUGACUGUAAAUACCACCAAGGCCUCCACAGCCCUUGUUUAUACAUUUCUGAUGUAUUGUUCCUUUUGUAUUUUAUAUAUGUAUAAAUAUGCAUUGUUUUAUAUUGGACUCAGUACGGUGACACAGAGCAUUUCAAACACAGGCUGCUUCACAUUUCUCCGUGAACUCCUUUUGUAACUGUGUUGUUGGUUUUGUUGUUUUGGAUAUUCCGUAGCAAUAAAGGUUCAAAGACGGAAAA